AUUUCACUCCCGGAGUCGCGCCCUGGCUUCCUGGCUUCCGGGCUUCCGAAGGAGACCGGGUUGUCUACAGCUGGCGACGCACCGGGCCCUGUGCUUCCGGAUCGGCGCGAGAGGCCUACAGGAUGGCCUCAGAGCUGGAACAGCUAUGCUCUCAUGUUAAUGAAAAGAUUGGCAAUAUUAGAAAAACCCUGUCGCUGAGAAACCUUGGCCAAGAACCUGCCUUGAAGAAUGUAUUAAAUAAAAUAGGAGACGAGAUCUUUGCAGUAAAUGAACUACUCAAUAAAUUGGAAUUGGAAAUUCAGUAUCAAGAACAAACCAACAGUUCCCUUAAGGAACUCUGUGCAUCUCUUGAAGAAGAUUAUAAAGACGUGGAACAUCUCAAAGAAAACAUCCCUUCCCAUUUGCCUCAAGUAACCGUAACCCAGAGCUUGGUUAAUGGGUCCGAUGUGGAACCUGAAGAGCCAGUCAAAGUUGAGGAACCUGCACCCACAAAGAAGCCCCCCAAAGAACAAAGAAGUAUUAAGGAAAUGCCAUUUGUCACUACCGAUGAGUUUAAUGGUGUUCCUGCGUACAUGAAAUCCCGCUUAACCUAUUGUCAAAUUAAUGAUGUUAUUAAAGAAAUCAACAAGGCAGUAAUUAGUAAAUACAAGAUCCUCCAUCAACCAAAAGCAUCUAUGAAUUCUGUGACCAGAAAUCUGUAUCACAGAUUUAUUAAUGAAGAGACAAAAGAUACCAAAGGUCAUUAUUUUAUAGUGGAAGCUGAUAUAAAGGAGUUCACAGCUUUGAAAGUUGACAAGAGGUUUCAUGUGAUAAUGAACAUUUUACGACACUGCCGGAGGCUGUCGGAGGUCCGAGGGGGCGGACUCACCCGCUACGUUAUAACCUGAGGCCCUCGUGAGCUUUUGAACUGAACAGCGGUAGAGUAUGGAGGCUAUUCUGUAAUUGCCAUAUAUAUAAUUUUGUUAGCUACUUUAUUUCCAUUCUCUUUUUUCUAUGAAAAUACAACUUAUUUUUGGAUAAAGCAUAUGUAUUUCAGAGUUCCAUUUCUUUCAGAAAAUAUUUAACCACCUGUCUAAGCCUCUGUACUAGGUACAUAAUUGAACUAAGUGGUGCUCAUGUCCAGUUGUUGUUUAGUGAACAGUAAUGAGACCCUAAUGAGAUGGGUGCAGUGGUGACAUUGGAGGAAAAAGGUUAAGAAGAUAAAGUCAAGGAUACCCAGGCCCUUUGGAAUAAAAGGUCAUCGGUGUCUAAAUUCCAUCAACAGCAUCGCCAUCUGUGGGCAACUUCCUAGAAGUCGGAUUCAGAGGCAGCUUAUCCGCCUGAUGAUUUGUGCUUCUAGAAUGUCCUGAGGGAGCAGCUUACCUGAAAUGCAUUUCAUAUAAACCAGUCUGUAAACCAACUGUAAUCAGAUAGUAAUGAAAGAGCAUUGAGCGGAUGUAAAAUUGUGAUAGAAUAAGGAACACGAGUUUGAUCUUUGCUCCUCAGUCUCCUGUGCAGAGCCCCUGAAACCCUUGGAAUGGUCCGAGUGUUGGCCUUUGACCCCAGUUCCUGACACAGACCUCCUGAAUCCCUUUGGAUUUCCUGGUGUAGAGACGCGUUUGUUCUCAUGAGGCUGUGCUCGCUGGCUCCUAGAGAGCUUGAGGAUGGGCAUAAAGACCCAGCUGUGAUGGAAGCUUCCAACUUUAGCUUCCCUGGCCUGUCCCACCGCCUAGUGAGGGUGGGGGGCUGGAGACUGAGUUAAUAAUCCAUCAUGCCUGUGUGAUGAAGGCAUCAAAACCCAUUCACUGUGGGGUUUGGAGCUUCUGGGCUGGUGAACAUCUGGAUGCCCGCAGGGUGCACCCCAAAUCCACAAGGACAGAGUUCCUGCCCCCAGACCCUUCUAAGACCUUGCCCUGAGAACCUCUUCAUCUGACUGUUCGUACGUCUGAGUGCUUUAGCACAUCCUUUGUAAUACAGUGGUAAAUGUAAGCAAAGUGGUUCCCUGGGUUCUGUGAGUCAUCCUGUUGUCAAACCUGAGGUGCCAAUGGGAACCCCUGAUUUGUAGCCCAGUUGGAGAGAAGGGAGGGUAACCUGGGGACCCACUAGUUGUGACUGGUGUCUGAAGUGGGGGUCAGUCUGGUGAGACAGCCCUCAGGUGCAGGCAGUUGGAAUGGGAUUGAGUCGUAUGACAUCCAGUUGGUGUCCAGAUAUUGGAUGAAAGUCUGAUAAGGGGAAAAACAUCAUGCAGUUGAUGUCUGCAUGUGAAGGCUGCAUAGGAGAAAACAGAGUUUUCCCCAGUGAGAGGAAACAUGAUGAAAUAGCACGUGUGAGCGGGUUGAUAGUGGUCACGGGAAAUGGGUUAUUGGAUUGCAAGAUCUUGGUGUGUUUCUCUGCCACACCCGGGGAGACUGUGGUGUGUCUGUGGCGGUGCCAUCUGCUGGGGCCACAGCAGAGCGCGUCUCAGCAGGCCCUGUGGCCUGGUUACCACCUGGUCACACGCUGCCUGGUAGACACUCGGAUCUGCUCUUAGCCUUCCUUCCCUUAAUAAACAUAUAUAUAUGUUUAAUAUUUCAUGCCUUGAUCUAAGUAAAAAUAAUGGCAUUAUUCUGUGUUUUGAGUUUUGCUUGAUUUUUCUCUGAUUUGCUUGGUUUUUCUGUUUAAAAUAUUUCUUUAUUAAACACGGUGUCAGUAAGUUGGUUUUGUUUUUGUUAAAUUAAUAGUGAGGUGAAGGCUUCCAUAGCCCUGGAAGCUCAUGACAAGAGCCUCAGGUGGUUACUGACACCAUAAAUAAGAGUGUCAGUUGUUAAAUCAACAACAGGAGUCACUGUGCACUUGCUCCCCAUGUAAGACCUCUGUCCUUAAUGUGUUGUACUAUGAGAAUUAACAUUAAAACUAGUCUUCAAACAGUACUUUAUAUUUUGCAAGUCUGUGUGGGUGUAAACUGUUGAAAUCUCUACUUAGUAUAGAGUAUGAUCUACUGUAUAUAAAGAUAAUUAAAAAUGAAUCUUAAUGAAGAAUGGG